UAUCGUCCUAGGUAGGAUGGACCAGCCCCCCUUGCCUCUGCCCUCAUGUCCAAUAAGAAGAGACCCAGCUUGACACCUGCCUAUAUACAGAGCGAGAGCUAAAUCUUCCACACUGAUCCCCGGGACAUAUAUAUUAUAUACAUAUAUAAUAUAUAUACACGUAUACACACUUGCCUCUCUCUAUAUAUGAGAGCAAGAGAAACUCCAAGGCAAGGAAAAAGGGGUGUGUGCUAGGAACCUUAAGACCAUGACUUCUAGUAAAAUUGAGAUGCCUGGAGAGGUGAAGGCAGACCCCACCGCACUGAUGGCAUCACUGCACCUUUUACCUUCGCCCACACUCAACCUUGAGAUCAAAUAUACCAAGAUUUUCAUCAACAAUGAAUGGCAGAACUCAGAAAGUGGGCGCGUAUUUCCAGUCUACAAUCCAGCCACCGGGGAGCAGUUGUGUGAAGUUCAAGAAGCAGAUAAGGCUGACAUUGACAAAGCCGUGAGAGCAGCACGCCUGGCUUUUUCUCUGGGUUCCGUGUGGAGACGAAUGGAUGCUUCGGAGCGAGGGCGUCUCCUGGACAAGCUAGCAGACUUGGUGGAAAGAGACAGGGCAGUUCUUUCAACCAUGGAAUCAUUAAAUGGUGGUAAACCAUUCCUCCAAGCUUUUUAUGUGGAUUUGCAGGGUGUCAUCAAAACCCUCCGAUAUUAUGCAGGCUGGGCAGAUAAGAUUCAUGGGAUGACCAUUCCUGUAGAUGGAGAUUAUUUCACAUUUACAAGACACGAACCCAUUGGAGUGUGUGGACAGAUCAUCCCGUGGAACUUUCCCCUGCUGAUGUUCGCUUGGAAAAUUGCUCCAGCUCUGUGCUGUGGCAAUACAGUAGUCAUUAAGCCUGCGGAACAAACUCCUCUCAGCGCUCUCUACAUGGGAGCUCUCAUCAAGGAGGCUGGCUUUCCACCAGGAGUUGUCAAUAUCUUGCCAGGAUACGGGCCAACAGCGGGGGCAGCAAUAGCUUCUCAUGUUGGCAUAGACAAGAUUGCCUUCACGGGGUCUACUGAGGUUGGAAAACUGAUCCAAGAAGCAGCUGGAAGGAGUAAUUUGAAGAGAGUAACUCUGGAGCUUGGAGGGAAGAGUCCCAAUAUUAUUUUUGCAGAUGCUGAUUUGGACUAUGCUGUGGAGCAGGCCCACCAGGGUGUAUUCUUCAACCAAGGUCAGUGCUGUACAGCGGGAUCCCGCAUUUUUGUGGAAGAGUCCAUCUAUGAGGAGUUUGUUCGAAGAAGUGUGGAGCGUGCCAAGAGGCGAAUAGUUGGGAGUCCUUUUGACCCGACCACUGAACAAGGACCUCAGAUCGACAAGAAACAGUACAACAAGAUCCUUGAGCUCAUCCAGAGUGGUGUGGCAGAGGGGGCCAAGCUGGAAUGUGGUGGCAAAGGACUAGGCCGAAAGGGCUUUUUCAUUGAGCCUACCGUGUUUUCCAAUGUUACCGAUGACAUGCGGAUUGCUAAGGAAGAGAUUUUUGGGCCAGUUCAGGAAAUCCUGAGGUUUAAGACUGUGGACGAAGUUAUAGAGCGAGCCAACAAUUCUGACCUUGGGCUCGUCGCUGCCGUUUUCACAAAUGAUAUUAACAAAGCACUCACAGUGUCAGCAGCGAUGCAAGCUGGGACUGUUUGGAUCAAUUGUUACAACGCCUUAAAUGCCCAAAGUCCCUUUGGGGGAUUCAAGAUGUCUGGAAAUGGGCGGGAAAUGGGAGAAUGCGGUUUGCGAGAAUACUCGGAAGUCAAGACAGUGACAAUAAAGAUUCCCCAAAAGAACUCCUAAGAAGGGCGAGGAAGAAAGGGGGCCAAUAAGCCUGCGUCAAGCCCCCUUGAUGUUCUCUGUGGGGCCCAGCACUCAGGAAUACAAAGUGUUACACAGUCUUUAUUUAAGAAUUUAAAUGAUAACCUAUAUGCCAGGCAAUUCAUUGCAUAUGUAAAGCAAAACAACUGUGCCAGGUUGACUGGCACUCUGUGAAAAACCACUUUAGUAUUACCAAAUAAUGAGGGGACAUAGAACAAGGGUUAAGACCUGAGGCCAUCAAACACAUUCAGCUUCCCUUCCUAGAACCUGGGGUCAAGUUGGGGAACUGUUUUAUUUGAUGUCCAAAGGGCUUUCUUCUUGAAGAAUGGUGACCUUUCUCAUUUCCUUCAUUCUUUUUCUUCUCUUCUCUCUCCCCCCCACCCUGCCCCCUACUACCUUCCCCUCCCCCAAGAAGAGCUCCUUAGCUGAGCUCAUUUGGGGCAGAUGUUUGGGCCGGGAACAAUUUUCCAAGGUUUUGCAGCCAAAUUACCGUUUCAUGUUAUCCAUUUCUUCAAAGCGAAACAUGAAAUGGUUUUAGUUAGAGCCAGACCAGACCAGAAACGCCAAGAGCUGGUAUACUGCAGAUGUAUUAAGAAGCCAGAAAUCAUGAUAUUCCUGACUUUCCCUGGUUUUCUUCCUAACCAUCAUGCAGUAGGAGAUAGAAAUCAGGGAGAUGCCAAUCAGGCACGCAGCAUGGGUAGUUCACAAGCUUCUGAGCUUCCGGUGUUCUUUUUUUUCCCUUGCUGUUUUUGAAUUUGUUUGCUUUUCAAAAUGCCUUCCAUGUUUCCUUCUAGAAAGAGGAGAGGAGAGGGAUAGCAUUUUCCAUAGAUGGCUAAGAUGUUUUAAGAAAAACAUCUUUAUUUUUUUUUAGCCAGACCAAAAAAUAAUAAUAACGAGCAGGUUUGUUUGGGGGUACAAGAAAAGAUGAUGUCAAAUACUUAGCAGAAAUAGUUUAAUUCUCAUUUGGUGUCAAUGGUUUUUAAAAAUUAGUGAUCUAUGAAUAUGGAGUCUAUGGGCUCCUUCGCUCCUAUGCCCCUCCAACCUGCUACUCUCAAGUGUAACAAGUGUGACUUCGGUCCAUUGAGACCUGCCGUGAUCCAGAUUCAUUGGAGGCAGACAAACCUGGCAAGUUGUAUGGUCAAACCCUAAAGUUUCCCUUCUGAACAUUCCAGCACGCCAUUAUGGCCACCCUCAACAGCUUAUUGUUGCCAACACCACUCCAAUGGGUUUCUGCCCUGACAUUCUCCCCUUGACUUUGCUUUCCAGUAAGGUUUGGGUCUGCAAUGUGGGAAACAUUAAAAAGGCCCUGCUCCUACCCUCUCCGAAACACCCAUUCCCUUCCUGCUUCUCAACAAAACAGCAGGUUCUACAUGGACAGUGUUAGCCGCCUUUCUCCCCUUCCUUUUCCCCUUCUUCAUUACCAGCUGAAACAUCCAUUCUCAUCUCUCAUCUUGAUGAAGAACAACAUUUAUUUAAAAGUGCCAAGCCUAGCCUAGAGUAUGUGGAAUAAUGGGCAGAGUAUAUAUAUAUAUAUCCUAUGUAACAGUUUUCAGCUUCCUAACCAUACCAGUCCUAUUUAUAACUAUUGUCUCUUUGUGGAUGUUUUUAAGCCAUCGGUAUUUGCUGUUCUUUGCAGAUGACAGUGCAUUCACAAAACCUGGUCCCAAGACAAAACAUCCUAUUACUGAGUUCUUCAAUUGAAUGUCAUGCUCUCCUACUACUGUAGUGUAUGUCUGAGCAAAAACGUCCACUAACCGACUUGUUGUCUUUGAACUGCGAUAGAGAAUGUGAAAAGGAAGAUUUAUUUCUUUUAAUUUACUUAAAAAGAAAACUUCUGUGCUAGCAAUAAAGCAUUUAUAUUGUGUA